GUAUGGGCUACCAACCGUGGCUUCGCGAUGAUCCUGAAUCAACUCUGAUCUACUUUAACAAAUCUGAUUCUCAGUCUUAUGCAAAGUACACUAGGCAGCUUAAGAAAUUCUAUGAAAAAUAUAAUAAUCACAACUACACCAGGAAGUGCGUCGGCAACCAGAGCAACCGCGAUAACGAUGAGCUGGCAUGCAUGUUCGAUCUGAUCGCCGACUUCGAGAGGGAGGGCUGUGGGGAAAGCGACGAUUUCGGAUUCAUGCACGGCCACCCAUGCGUCAUUCUGACGUUGAACAAGCUUAUCGGUUGGGAGCCGGUUUCCUAUCCGAGGGACUCGGCGCCGGAGGUCAUCCGAAGAUACUACGAUUACAACAAAGCCGACAUCGGUAUCCAUUGCGAGGGCGAGCACCAGUCGGACCAGGAGAAUAUCGGCGUUAUCAAAUAUAUUCCGCCAACCGGUAUCCCGUCCAAGUAUUUUCCGUAUCGCGUCAUGAAAAACUACCAUCAACCCUUCGCCGUGGUCAAGUUCAUGUCUCUCACGCCUGCCAUGCUGAUCGAAGUCGAGUGUAAAGCUUUCGCUUACAACAUAAUACACGACAGAACUUAUCGUCUUGGCAUGGUGCACUUUGAACUGUUCGUGUUCAGUUAAUG